AUGUAUGUACAGAAGCUAUUGAACUACCUAAACCCACCCUAUGUUGUUCUCCUGGGUGACGUUGGAACUGGUAAGUCCACCUUAUUAGAAAAACUGACAGAACAGAGAGGCAAGAGUUCACAAGCGAACGAGAGUUUCACGAGGAGCGCCGAAGUUUUCUGGGCCCCUGACGGUAGACUCAUCGUAGCCGACACACCAGGCAGCAACGCUUUGAAAGAUACAUUGGAACACAACGUGGAGAUUGCUGGCGCACUCAAUUACAGGCCCGUCUCAAGGAUAUUUAUUGUUGUCAAAGCUGAGACUCGAAUUGAUUCCGUGGUCGACAAUGUUCGCAAGUAUGCAGAUCGUUUUCUGGAGCUCCCCAUGGACGUGGUUGGGGUUCUUGUCACUCAUAUGGAUACAGUAGACUGGACAGAGAAGGACUUCGCCCCGCGGAUUGAACAUGACCUUGGUAUUGAUUCGGUUGUUUUUUCUUCGAUGACCACAAACCGCGAGACACUACAGAAUGACAUACUAAAGACUUGCACUGAGCGACAUAACCUGACAGUGGAUGAUGCAAACUUUUUUAAGCUUUUCAAAAUCCACAACCAUCAUCGAAAGAUUCUAAAGUCCACCAGCGAUGAAGUUAAGAGGUUUUCAGACAAAAAGAGGGCUUUUGAUGAGGAAAGAAAAGCUUUCAGUGGCAAGGAUUUGGUUGACCUUGUUUUUGAGUUCCAGGCUUACAUGACAGAUGAAAUUGUUGAAGCCCAGAAGAGGAUGUCCAAGACCAACAACUUUACAUUUGAAGGUGAUGGUGCAGCCAAUGAAGCUGGUCACAUCGCUAACAUGGUGAAUCAACUUCGCAUGGUUCUCUACGAUAUCAGAACGGAAUGUCUCGGAUACCAGAGUGAGCAUGGAGUAUCUGAAUUACGCAAAUGUCCACACUGUGGUAUCAUUUGGACCAAGGUGGAAGGCUGUGAAGGAGCGACAACCUGCGGAAAUCGACCAAGCAAUGUCAACGACGUCAGGGACCCAGCAUACGCAGAACUCGGCACCUUCAUGUUUAGAUGGCGUGAUGAUGGCCGCCUUUCCAUCACCAAGGUUAGCCGCAAGACCGUGAAAUCUCAAAGAAGUUCUAGACCACAAUUUGGAUGCGGAAAGUCAAUCAACUGGAAAGAGAUGGCAACAGUUGCUGUCCCAUCUGAAUUCAGCGAGACGGUGAAGGUCGGAACAAGUGACAUCAAGGUCCUACCACCAACUGCAACGAAUUUCCAAAAAGAGCUGUCUGGAAAGAUAGAUGCUGUCGGAAGAAAUCUGAAACUGUCAGAAAGACCAUCCCAGUCUUACCAGUCUUAA